AUGAUAAUCCUGAAUCUGCAACACCCUCCUCCCCUAAUUUCUUGGGGAACUCCAAACUCUCCACAGAGCAAAAACAGAGUCAUAGCUUUCACCACUCCUCAGAAUUACGCCGCAAGGCUAUCGGAUCUCAUCCACCUCAAAGGCUGGACUCCUCUCUGGUGCCCCACCGUCAUUGUUCAGACCACCCCGCAAACCAUUUCCUCUAUCCACUCCCAUAUUUCCCCAAACCCUAACCCCCUCCUCGAACACUUUUCCGCCAUUGCCUUCACUUCAAGAACAGGAAUUUCUGCCUUUUCAGAAGCGCUUUCGAGCAUAGGGACGUACCCUUUGUCCCCAACCGGAGAAAUCUUGGUAAUUUCAGCUCUGGGUAAGGAUCUGGAGCUUCUCGAUGACUCUUUCAUUUCAAGAAUCUGCGAAAACCCGGAGAGAAUCAGGGUCGUGGAGCCUCGGAUUGCGACCCCGACGGGUCUAGUGGAGGCGCUGGGCGACGGGGAAGGGAGAAAGAAAGUUCUUUGCCCCGUCCCGUCGGUUAUCGGCCUGGAGGAGCCGCCGGUGGUGCCGGCGUUCCUCCGGGACUUGGCGAAGAAAGGGUGGGUUCCGGUGAGAGUUAACGCGUACGAGACGCGGUGGGGAGGGCCGGCGUGCGCGGCGGAGGUGGUGAGGAGGAGCGGAGAGGAGUGUGGGAUUGAUGCGAUGGUGUUCUCGAGCACCGGAGAAGUGGAGGGGCUGCUGAAGAGCUUGAGAGAGUACGGGUUGGAUUGGGAGACGGUGAGGAGGAUGUGCCCGGGGCUAGUGGUGGCCGCCCACGGUCCGGUGACGGCUUCCGGCGCCGAGAGGCUUGGAGUUGGGAUUGAUGUGGUGAGUUCCAGGUUUGAUAGCUUUGAUGGUGUUGUUCAUGCUCUUGCUCAUCAAUGGGAAUGCUUAGAUUCUUGA